AUGGAGGCUUUUACAAGAUUAAGGAAGAUGCAUCAGAAAUAUCAGUAUGGCUUCUUUGGUUUAUUAGAACCUUUUCAAGAUGCUGACAAGAUAGAAGAGUACAGAAGGAAGAAAGGGCUACAACAUGCCUUUGUUAAUUGUUUUAACAAGAUUUGGGCUAUUGUGGAAGAUAUGUUUGAAGUGACAAUCUUGGUGGAUCAUCCACAAAAGUUAACUCUCAAAUUAAGGUAUCAAGGGAAUAUGGAUAAGAUGGUUGUUAUUUUGGUAUAUGCAAAGUGUACUCAGAUUGAAAGAUUAGAACUGUGGGAAUCUUUGGAGGAUUUGUCUGUUACAACUCAAUUGCCAUGGAUGAUAGGUGGGGAUUUUAAUGUCAUCAUAUCUGAGGAAGAAAAGUAUGGAGGCUUACCUGUCACCAUUCAUGAAGUACAGGACUUCAAAACUUACAUUCAAAACUGUUCAGUUGUUGAUUUGGGAUUUAAAGGGGGAGAAACUGAAGUUGUCAAAAAACCUUUUAAGUUUCUCAAUUUAUGGGCUAAGCAUGAUACAUUUGUGAACACAGUAAAGGAACAUUGGAAGGCAGAUUUCAUGGCCAAUCCUUUCAAUUUGUUCCAUUACAAGAUGAAAAAGGAGAUUGAAACCUUGGAGGAUGUGAUCAAAUUGCGUGAAAUUCAGUUUGAUCUUCAACCUACUCCUACUAACAGGGAAAGAUUGCACAAAGUUCAAGCUAAUCUGAACAGGUAUUUUCACUUAGAGGAAGAAUUUUGGAAACAAAAAGCAGGGAUGCAAUGGUUUAGAGAUGGAGAAAAAAGCACUGCUUUUUCCAUGCUUAUGUGCAAGAAUGGGAAUUGGAUAGAAUCCCAGGAGGAUUUAUCACAGGAAGAAAUCAGAUUCUUUUCAAAGCAAUUUACUAAGGAAGAAGAUCCAACAGAUUUUGAAAUAUUAGAUCAUGUUCCUCAGAUGAUUAAUGCUGACCAAAAUAAUUUUAUGAAGGGAUUGCCAAUUGAGGAAGAAGUCAAGAAUGUGGUCUUUAGUCUAAAUAGAGAAAGUACUGCUGGACCAGAUGGAUUUACUGGGGUUUUCUAUUAG